ACAUGCCGACAAACGCGAGAACAACCAUCAAUCAAGCACCUAGGAAUAGAAAGAGAUUCGUGUUUUCCCAUCUGAUAUAGGGAAGGAGCCCUUAUGCGAGUUCGUAAAAUACGAUUCGAAGUAGCCUACCGAAGCGAAUGGACCUUAUUUUACAGCAGAAUUAUUUCCUUUUUCACAGGAUGUGCGUGAAGUAAAACGUCGCUCUGUGUGGUAGCCUAUUUAUGUUCAGUUACCUUCACACACCCCAGGUCGUGGAUUUUGUCGGCCCAUUUAAACAACUUUACCUCUGGAUUUUUUAGGUAUGUUAUUGUCACCAGAAAAUCCUAACCUACAGCGGAACAUCUAAUUUGCUGAGAAAGAACAUUUCUUCUUUAGAUGUGAGCAUUUGAAAGAAUGGUGAAUGAGCUGAGGCCAAGCUGGUCGUGAAGGUGCCAGUCUCUUUCUCUCACCACUAUGGCGGCAGGUGUGGCGGCAUGGCUUCCUUUCGCCCGGGCAUCCGCCAUUGGCUGGAUGCCCGUGGCUAACAUGCCCAUGCCUAUGGCUCCCACUGAAAAAAAUAAGCACCAGGAUGAGCUCAUCAUUCUAAAUGUGAGCGGGCGCCGGUACCAAACGUGGAGGAACACCUUGGACCGCUACCCAGACACCCUGCUGGGCAGCUCUGAGAAGGAGUUCUUCUACAAUGAGGAGACAAAAGAGUACUUCUUUGAUCGUGAUGCCGAGGUUUUCCGCAGCGUCCUCAAUUUUUACCGUACCGGCAAAUUGCACUACCCACGCUCGGAGUGCAUCACCUCCUAUGACGAAGAGCUGGCUUUCUUCGGUAUUAUACCGGAGAUCAUUGGUGACUGUUGCUAUGAAGAAUACAAGGAUAGGAAGCGGGAGAAUGCUGAACGUCUGCAGGAUGACCAGGAGGAUAACAAGGACAGCAAGCUACCCAAUAUGACCAUUCGGGAGACUAUGUGGCGAGCCUUUGAGAACCCCCACACAUCCACCAUGGCCUUGGUUUUCUACUAUGUCACCGGUUUCUUCAUCGCCAUCUCUGUCAUCACCAACGUGGUGGAGACCGUCCCCUGUGGUGCCUCCCCCAAUCAGAAGGACGUACCAUGUGGCGAGAGCUAUACUGUGGCAUUCUUCUGCAUGGACACAGCCUGUGUCAUGAUCUUCACCGUGGAGUAUCUGAUGCGUCUUUUUGCUGCACCCAGUCGCUACCGGUUCAUGCACUCUGUGAUGAGUAUCAUUGAUGUGGUGGCCAUCUUGCCCUACUAUAUUGGUUUGGUGAUGACAGACAACGAGGAUGUGAGUGGUGCUUUUGUCACCCUGCGGGUCUUUCGUGUGUUCCGCAUUUUCAAAUUCUCCCGCCACUCGCAGGGCCUUCGUAUCCUGGGUUACACGCUGAAGAGUUGUGCUUCAGAGCUGGGCUUCCUGCUCUUCUCCCUCACCAUGGCCAUCAUCAUCUUCGCCACAGUCAUGUUCUAUGCUGAGAAGGGCUCCAGCUCAAGCAAGUUCACCAGCAUCCCAGCAUCCUUCUGGUACACCAUUGUUACUAUGACGACGCUUGGAUAUGGCGACAUGGUGCCCAAAACUAUCGCGGGGAAGAUCUUUGGCUCCAUCUGCUCUCUCAGCGGGGUGCUGGUAAUCGCUCUCCCUGUCCCCGUCAUCGUCUCUAACUUCAGUCGCAUCUACCACCAGAACCAGAGGGCUGACAAGCGACGGGCACAGAAGUUACAAAAAGCACGGUUGGCCAGGAUACGGAUAUUGAAGACGGGAAGCUCCGAUGCUUUCCUCCAUAGCAAACGUAAUGGCCUUUUCAGCGAGACCCUUGAGCUCACGCAAAUUCCUUACAAGAUGAACAUAUCAGAUCAGAGUUCCAUUGAAGCCGACCAGCAGCUUAGCAAGUCUAGAUCUCUUUUAGAGAGCCAACACCACCACCUACUGCACUGUCUGGAGAAAACCACUAACCAUGAGUUUGCGAAUAAGCAGUGUUACCAACAAAGCUAUCUAGAGGGGGCGCUGGACAGCUACCCAUCCAGAAGCCUCUCCCUCUCCAGUCAGGAGGGUGUUACAGGAACCUGCUGCUCCCGUUGCAACAAGAGCCAUGCCCCUCUCUCCAAUGCCAGCAUACCAGCUGGUGUGCUCCUCCACCCCCGCACACAACCACACAGCCUCCAGGGGCUGAGCACCAUUCACAUUCAGCCACUCAGCACUAGCCGCUCCAGUCUGAACACGCACGUGGACGAGCCAGCACGCCUUAAUUGCCAGGGCGGCCAUAUCACAACAGCAAUCAUUAGCAUCCCCACACCCCCAGCAACUACUCCUGACGGGGACGCCCACCUGCCCCCAGUUCCCACCCCACAGAACAUUGUUCUGCACACAGUGCAAGUGUCAGCACUGUGAGGGCAGGAGCACACACAGAAAUCCAGACAGCAAAGAUGAACUGAUGAACAAAC